CCACUGACCAAUACAGCUAUAAAGGGUAGGUUUUCGGUUUCAACUUUAGGGUUGCACUGCACUUGCACUCGCGUUGAAGCAUAAAAAAAGAGCAGAAAAGCAAAAGUUUUGGCGUAGUUAGCUUAUGCAAUUGACGUAGGCUAAGUCGGUGUGACAUAAUACACAAAAUAUAAACACAAUAUUAUAAAAAAAGAAAAGAAAAAUAUUUGUAUGUAUGUAUAUUUUAUGUAUGUGUAACGAAAGCUUGCGAAGUAAGCGCUCGAUGUGUAAAUUGAUUGCAUAUUAAUUAACGCGCAGCGCAAAACGAAAUUUUUUUCUCUAUAACAGAAAUCAGCAAUAAGGUAAAUAAAUCGACAAAAUGGACGGGCAAACUUGCGAGACGGACGUGGAUAUUUCGCAAUUCAUGCUUGAUGAUUUGCAGCUGGCAGCGGAGCUGGGAAAAACGCUGCUCGAACGGAACAAGGAAUUGGAAAUAAUGCUGAAGGAGCACAAAUGCAAAAACGAAGAACAACAACGCGAAAUUGUGCAUUUGCGAAAGCAAAUCAAUGCCAUGGCCGAGGUGAAUGACACGCGUCUGAAAGUCUACGAACAGCUGGAGGUGGGUAUACAGGACCUGGAGCGUAGCAACCAUCGAUUGACAUUGGAAAAGUCACGCGACAAGAAGCAAAUCAAAUCGCUCUCUGCAAAUAUUGAGUCAUUGGAGGCACGCCUCGAGGAGAUCACUCAGCAGCUGGAGGAGUCGCGGCAAAUUCUAAGCGCCGAAAGACGCAAAAAUGUUAAACCAUUGCAGCAGGAACGCUACAUUGCCAGAACAAAUGUGGAACAGCUUUCCGUAUCGAAACAAUGGUCCGGCCAGGAUCGUGAUAUCAUUGAUUUGAAUGCCACGCCCAUUGAGAAUAGCGCCUUUGCGGCAAACGCCAAUUCAACGGGUGUCACGGAUGUCGCGGAUGAGGGAUCCAUGUCCAUGAGUGAAGUUGGCAACUCCAAAGAGAUUAUGCAAGUUGCUGCUGCCAUGAAGGGUGAGGACAAUGAGGAGCUGUUCACUCUCUUCACUGACUUGGAGUCAAUAAAACGCGACUUUAUGGCUGAGAAGCAACGUAACUGUGAGCUGGAGGAACAACUGGUGGCCAUUAUACAAGAGAAUCAAACGCUUCAAAGCCGAAUUGCCAUAACAAGCACAAAUGAGGAGGAGAUGAUGUCCAUGCACGAUGAGUUCUCACUGCUGGAUGAUGUGAGACAGGGUCAAAUGUGUAGCCGUUGCUUGCGUGCCAUGGAGGAACAGGAACAGGCCUCCAACAUUGAUGGACAAUCGUCAGUUGGUCCAACCGAAGGCGCUGUCGAGGACGAUGAGCGAAGUCUGCUUGGCAGCGAGUUUAGCGCACCAUUGGCCAAUAAUAAUAGUCUUGAGGCACAAGAAUUGCUCGAGUUGAAGAAUGGCAACAAAUCAAAUCCCUACCGUGACUUGGUUGAAAAAUAUGAAGCUUUGUUGGAGGUGCAGCGUACAUCAAAUGUGCAUAAGAACGACCAGCCCGCCAAGGAACAGCAGCCAAUUGAGGGACAGGCACAGGCACAGAAGAACAUCCAAGAGACUUGCUCAACUGCAGACAAGGAUUCGAAACCAGCUCGUGGACGAACGUCAACAGAGUUCUCAGAGGCGGAGACCUCGUCGUCCGGUUUUUCCGAAGAGACUAGCAAUAAAUAUACACAGACAGAUGAACGGCCCGGCUACUUUCUGUGCUCCAUCAGCAAUGGCGAGGAAUGCAAAUUGAGCAUAUAUGAUGAUGUCAGUCCAAUUGACACGCAUUUCCAGAGUCGUCCCGAGUAUAGAGAGCUCUUCAAAGAGAUUUUUGGUGUGUUGAAAAAGGCCGCCGAUAAUAAAGAGGAUGGUGAUAAAUCGAAAACAUUUGAUGCGGAUGAGACCCAACCAAAGAUCGACACAAUUACGACACUUACGCCGGCCAACGAUGAGUUCUCUGUGGACUUUGGCGAUGAUACCCAUAGUAUUAUAUCUUCUGUUGUGUCGGAUCAGUCGUUUGCCAUGUCCGAGUGUGUCACUAAAUUGGAGCGCAGAACGGCCAAGAAGCAUAUCAAUGAAUGCAAGACUCAAGAGAAGGGGCUCCCUCAAAUCAACUCCUCUGCAUCCGUCGCACAACUCAAUGGAAAUGGAAAUGGCCUUAAACAGAUCGAGGAGAAUGGACGUCUAUUGACUCCAGUUAAGCGAGAACCACUCGAAUUUCUGACAGUUGCCGUUGGCAUUAAGAAGAAGAAUCGUCGCAAGAACCGUGGUCUGAAUGGCAAUGGAGCUCGCGUCGAGUCGCCACUCGCCCAACCAUCCCCAUUGGCACAUCCGUCUCCACCGCACAGUGCACGACGAACACGUAAAGACUUUGUGCCAAUCCCCCAAGAAAUGCUAGCCACGGAACGCGUUGUCCGCAGGCCAACGGAUCGUUCCAGCACCGAAUGGAAUGGUUCACCAAUGAUCAUUUACAAUCGAAACAUGAGCGCAACACGGCCUAAACGCACAGGCCGCGUUAUCGAGUUGAACGGCGUCGAGUACCAUCCAAAUACAGUAUCGCAAGAGUUCCACAAACUGAAGAGACUCGAUCUAUCAUACGCCGAGGUCUUACGUCGAGCUGAUGCCUGCGAGCAUCAAAGUCAACCUAUGCGCGUGCAACGGAUGCAACAAUCCCGCUGGAAUGCAAACAAAAGUCAAAGCAAUCGCCGCUAAAUAUGGACACUCAACUCAACACUUAGCUAUAGUUCCCUGUACUUGUCUUAUCUCUAAUCAGCAUGGAUCUAAUCGACUCUGCAUCAAGGUCUUUUGAUGUUGGAGCUCCUAGAAAUAGUUUAGUGUAUUCUGAAUUUGUAAUCUGGCUUAAGUUUUAACGUUCUCGAAUUUUUACUACGUCUUUUUCGUCCUUAAGCCCCAUUUCCACUCAAAACGAAACAGGCACUAAAUGAAAUACUCCAUAUAAGAAAAGAAUCGAAAAUUUCGUACUUUUUUAUAUAAAGUAUUUCAUAUCGUGCCUGUUUUGUUUCGAGUGGAAAUAGGGCUUAAACAAUCAACUGUUUUUGAACAAUUUCCUUACGUUUUCUUCGUUGUAUUCCCAAGCUGUAAAAGAAUCUCCUUUUACAUCGGACGUUUUUCUUGUACCUUUUGUAAUUAAAACCUAGAUAUAUUUACUUCUUAUGUAACCAAAAGUUUUACUUGUAUUUAAACAAUUCAAUAUGCUUGAUACUAACUAUAUAAUGAUAUUAUGUACGAAUAUGUAUGAUGUUCUCUAAGAUAUUUAAUAAAUAAGCAUGUGUGCCAACUCUAAAAUAACUGAAA